AUUCAUCAUUGUCCUUGAAACCUACAAUUUUAAUCAUUCGAAAGAAGAUCCUGGUCCAGUGGUUUCUCGAUUGAGGUUUACCUUUUAGGUUCUGGUCCUCAGGCAUUCCAUCAAGCUCAAGCGACCAACGAACCAAACCAUCUGGUAAAUGUUUAAUGGUUUUAUCUCAUCAACAAGUCAGUCAAUAGCUCACUGCAACACUUGACUCCAUAGUCCAUAUCUUUGCGUUGCAGGAGCUUCAAAAUCCUUACAGUAGAGCUUCGUCCCGGAAAUCUAAGCAAGUAAAGCUCCUUCUCCGACAACCGAGAAUCUUUGUUACAAAGUUCUCGGCCAGCUUAUUAAUUCGCCGUUUUACUUGAACUUAUCCCUCGCAUUCUUCACAGUUUAUUUUUUUGAAAGAUUUUAUUUUUUAUUUACUCGCCAACUGUUUGAGAAUCAUAGUCGUGGUUCCUCUGCAAGAUCAGAUCCAAGAAGUCUCCUUUUUCUCUGUGGGAAAUGAGUAGGAAUUCGUGAUGCCCACUUGAGAAUUUGAUGGAUAUGAAGAGGUUCAGGACGCAAGUAUAUUCGUCAAAGCUCACAGAUCCGGCAAAUGCCAUUGUUUCCCGAGUUCCGGAGAGGAAGAUUGGGUUCAAUAUGAUGAAGUUGAUGGGGAUCUUGGCUGCAGGUUUGAUGGUUUCGUCAGUUUUUUUUACAGCCUCCGUCAUUUAUCGAGACCUAGCGUCGGAUCGAGUUCGGGGAUUUGCAGAGGCAAGGGUUUUUGAAGUAAAAACUGAAGAAGGUUUAGAAGAUAUUAUAUCUCAUGCUGUUGAGGCACCUAAAGAUAAAUUACUUGGUGGUCUCCUAGCUGAUGAGUUCGAUGAAGGAUCUUGUCUAAGCAGGUUCCAGUCAGUCUUAUUUCGCAAGGCAGCACCACACAAACCUUCCUCGUACCUUGUGUCUAGGUUGCGAAGGUAUGAAUCUCUGCAUAGACGUUGUGGAGCCUAUACAGAGUCCUACAACAGGACAUUGGAGCAGCUCAAGUCUGGUCAGAGCACUGGGACCACAGAUUGUAAUUAUGUGGUAUGGAUAUCAUUUAGUGGUUUAGGAAACAGGAUACUAACAUUGGCUUCAGCAUUCUUGUAUGCUCUCCUCACAAAUAGGGUCCUACUUGUUGACCGUGGGACUGACAUGACUGAUCUAUUCUGUGAACCAUUUCCAGGGGCAUCCUGGCUACUCCCUUUGGAAUUCCCCCUUAAUCAGUUCAGCAGUUUCAAUCAAGAACACCCUCACUGCUAUGGUAAUAUGCUGAAGAACAAUGUCAUAAACAGUUCAACAGGGUCAGUACCUCCUUUUCUAUAUCUUCAUCUUGUCCAUGAUUACAAUGAUCAUGAUAAGCUUUUCUUCUGUGACCAAGAUCAAUCUCUUUUUCAAAAAGUACCUUGGCUGAUCAUGAAAACUGAUAACUACUUCGUCCCAUCUCUCUUCUUGGUCCCAUCCUUCGAGCAAGAACUAAGUAACCUCUUCCCCAACAAAGAAACAGUUUUUCACCACUUGGGUCGCUAUCUUUUCCAUCCCUCAAAUGCAGUAUGGGGGUUGAUUACAAGGUAUUAUCAAGCUUACUUGUCUAAAGCAGAUGAAAGGGUGGGAAUCCAGAUUAGAGUCUUUGAUACUGAUACUGGCCCAUUCCAGCAUGUGUUAGAUCAGAUACUAUCUUGUUCCCUGAGGGAGAAGGUGUUGCCAGAAGUUGAUGUACAGAAACCCAUCAUCAGACCAUCAGGAAACCAAAGGUCAAUUGCCAUCCUGAUGACAUCUUUAAGCUCCGGGUACUUUGAAAAGGUAAGGAACAUGUAUUGGGAGCACCCUACUGUGACUGGGGAGGUGGUCAGCGUCUACCAACCAAGCCAUGAAGAGUAUCAACAGGCUGAGAAGCAGAUGCACAAUAGGAAAGCAUGGGCUGAAAUGUAUCUUCUGAGCUUGACUGAUGUCUUGGUCACAAGCUCUUGGUCAACCUUUGGUUAUGUGGCUCAGGGUCUGGGAGGCUUGAAGCCAUGGAUCCUAUACAAGCCUGAAAAUCGGACUGCCCCCGAUCCACCUUGUCAUCGAGCAAUGUCAAUGGAGCCUUGCUUCCAUGCACCACCUUUUUAUGACUGCAAAGCAAAGAGUGGGGUAGAUACAGGUGCACUUGUUCCUCAUGUAAGGCAUUGCGAGGAUAUGAGCUGGGGACUUAAGCUGUUUGAUCUUGACCAGUUCUAGUUGCUUGUAUUUGUUAUCUGAUCAGUAUUGUCAUUAUAACUUUCAGUUUUGGGUAGAGUAGAAAAUCAAUAAAUUUUUUGUAUAUUCUUAUA